UGGACGAAAGGAAUGGUUUAAAAAGGACCGCUCGAUUCCGUAUUCAAAUGUCGACUAACAAACAAAACUCUGCGUCCCUAACCUGGCCUUAAAGUGAAGAAUUCGUGACGGUUCGAGUGGUGCUUUGAAAAGCAUCUACAAGCCGUCCACGAUGGACGACGUUGAGCUACUGAACGUUGAAAAUGUGUGUAGAUUGUGUCUUUCUGUGGAGGAACCAAAAUUCUCGAUAUUUGAGAUGGAAGACUCUCCUUCUGCUGUACCAUUAGUUACUAAAAUACAAGCAUGCUUAUCGCUUCAGAUUUUGUCUACAGAUAAAGUAUCCACGUUGAUAUGCUCUUCUUGUAUAGAUAAUGUAAAUCAAUGGUAUAAUUACAAGGAAGCUUGUUUUCAUUCUCAAGAUAAACUACAGAAAUGGCUAGAAACUCAUCCGCAGACAAAUCUAGUGGUUGUAAAUAUAAAGGAAGAACCUAUGGAUAUAGAUUACUGCGAAGAUAACAAUAAAACAUUUGAAUCCAACAGUGAAUCAAGCGCUUAUGUAACAAAUCAUGUGAAGUCCAUGGGAAAAUUUUAUUCUAAAAAUGAAGCUCGGGGAGAAGGAUUACAAAUCGACAAGACAUAUAAUUUAGGUAAAGAUAAGGAUUUAAGAACUUCUCAAUCAUCUUCAUCAAAGAAUGCCAACAAGGAAGAAUGCAGACUAGAUAAAGAAUUUCAUAAUUUAUUGAUUAAAACUGAACCAGAGGAUGAUUAUGAUACAGAUUGUACAAUAGAAAUAGAAUCUGUCAGUGGUACCGAAUUACUUUUAAAUCCAAUGGCAAUUGCUAGUAAAGAGGAGAGAAUUAUGGAAGCUGAUUCUACUCAAAAAUCAAAUGCAACUACUCCAAAUAGUAGAAAGAAGAUGAAACGAGGUCCUCACACACAUUUCCGAGGUACACGCGUUUAUAAACAGAAAUGUAUGCAUUGCCAGAUAAAUCUACAUUCUAAGCAUUCUUAUAUAAAACACAUGGAAAGAUUUCAUAGUGAAGAUUGCGAGAAUAAAAAUUUAUCUAAAUCGACAUCUGCUGAUGAAGAAGAAUUGAUAGAAGACGUGGAAGAUGAAUUGACGAGUAUGGAGAACGAUGCACCAUUGACGGAGGUACAACAAAAUAUAAUUAGUCAACUGAAGACAUUUUCCUGUUACUCGUGUCAACAGACUUUCAAUGAUAGAAAGCAUACACUUAUUCAUAUUCGUCAACACAUGCCAGAUUUAAGGCCAUACACUUGUAUCGCAUGUUUAACACAAUUUCGUGAUCGAUCUAUGUACAAACUACAUUGUAGUGCAUCUUUCGAAUGUGCUAUGAAAAUUGCAUUGGUUAUACCUAAGGAAGGAAACGAAAAGUAUUUCACUUGCAACAUGUGUUUACGACCGAUGUCAAAUAGAAAAGAAUUAUUGAGUCAUUUGUCUAAACAUUCAGAUAAACAAUAUGAAGAAAUGAUGUCACCAAUGAGAUCGCCACCUAAAUUACAACCUAUGACACCUUUACCAAGUCCAAAAAAAGAUAUUUUACCAAAAUCACCUCAGAUGAGUAAAGCCAUUCUUGGACCUUACAAAAAUGGUGAUCCAGCACAUAAUCACCCCUGCAAUUUGUGCGGUAUGAUCUACAGAUACAAGCCUAAUAUGUUAAGACAUCAUGUAAUUUGCAUCAGGCUAUCACCGGAAUUAAGGACUUGUUACAGAUGUGUACAUUGUGGUAUGACUUUCCUCGUUUUUAAGAAAUUUCAUAAUCAUAUCACUAUCGAUCAUAAGAAAAAAGAAUUCGUUUGUUUCGAAUGUAACGCUAAGUUCAAAUCCCCGAGUGAUUACCUGACGCAUCACGAGAAGCAUCGACAGAUGGCCGUCAGUCAAAAUCAGGAGGUUACUAGUAAUCAGAUAAUGUCCCCUCAUCGUGGGCAAAGUCCUUUAAAAUCGUGGAGUGACAACGAGGAAGCUACAGUGUCUAGACGAAGUAUGGAAGGUCAACGAUACGUUUGUAAUUUAUGUGGUCAAGAUUUUACAACGAGAGCCAAAUUGGCUUCGCAUAAGAAUCUUCAUCUUAAAGUAAAAAUAUAUUCGUGUGUUAUUUGCCGCAGUAUGUUUAGCAGUGCUGGUGCUUUAGAAAUCCAUAUGAAGGAUCAUGGCAUCGAAGAUCCACAAGAAAGAAAUGCUAAUAGUUCUUGCGUUGAAUAUGAUCGACUCGAUAAUAGACCACAGGAAAUUGAUACUAUUAACACGAGUACUGUCUCGGACACUGGUGGGCGAGAAAAUAUAUGCAACAUAUGUGGAAAGAUAUUUUCCAAUUAUCCAAAUUUGAGAAGACACUUUAGAAAUAUUCACAAGGAUAACAAAGCACGUUUUACUUGUAUACGUUGCUCGUUAUCUUUUAAAACAAAAGAGCUUUAUGAACAACACGUGAAGCUCGAUCACAAAACAAAAGUCAUGCUGAUGUGCAGCCAGUGUCCCAAGACAUUUAGCUUCAAAGCUAAUUUGGAUCUUCAUUAUAGUAGUGCUCACGGAGAUAAACCCGGGAAUCGAGAAUGCGAUAUAUGUGGAAAAGUCUUUCUAGAAGAAGCCUCCUUGAAGAUUCAUCGAAGCUGGCAUAAUCGAGCGAAUUCGCGGUUUUACACUCGAUCCUUUUUGAACGAUGAGAUCAAAUCUUUAACUCCGCUUUCUCCUACUGAAAUUAAUGAUAAUAAUUUAGUUGCUUCGUCGCCCGAACGUCCAGCUAGGGCAAGAAAAUCUUUUCCCAAUCCACCACCUACAAAGCCACAAAACGAUUACCAGUGUCAAGUAUGUGACAGUAAAUUCGAAGAUGUGGUCGAGUUGAGGAAACAUUUGUGGGAUGUUCACUGUGCUCGUAAUAAACCAGAGAAAAGUUUCUCAGGUGAUGAACUUCAAUGUCAGUUAUGUACCAAUAUUUUUCCCGAUCAAAAAAGUUUAAAGUUGCAUAUGGAUUGGCACAAAGCCAAUCCAAUAUUGAGCAAUAUACAAAAGCAAACUUUCCUUUGCGAGAUAUGUAGCAAACAUUACAGCUCAAAGAAAGCUUUGACGAAACACAGAAAGCUUCACAAAGCAAACACGGUAGCUUCAAUUAAGUUCCAAUCGCUUAGUAGAAAGAGUGCUCAAUAUCUCUGUGACGUCUGUCGAAAGAUCUUCAGCAGCAAUCAAUCAUUGCAACGACAUAGAAUGUCUUUUCACAACGAUUUGCAGUCUCCUCGGUCUCAGGCAUUUAAUAGUAGUACUCGACGGGUAUCCAGCGAGGAAUACAAAAUGAAGAAAAUGGAUAUGGAAGUAAGAGAAGAAUCUUCAAAAGAAUUAACUUUGAAUGCAGUCAAUGCUAGUAAGAAACCAGUUACUUGUCAUUCGUGUAAAAAGACAUUCCCAAACAUGAGUGUUUUAUACAAACACAAACAACUGAUUCAUAAACCAAAAAUAGCAAAAGUGAUCGGUAAAGCCCCAAUAAAUGAAUGUGUUCCUAUACAAAAUGCUGACGGUAGAAUUUCGUGCAAUAUAUGCGGUAAACAUUUCUGGUCGAUGUCUAAUUUCAAACAACAUUUUGCUGCAAAGCAUAGAAACAAUUCAAAAAGUCGUUGUACCACAGCUAGCUGUAAUCCUACAUAUUCACUUCUAUCGCAGUCAAUAAAGACCGAAUCUUUGCCACAUAAAGCAACGAUUAUCUGUUGUAAACUUUGCAACCGUCAUGUUUGGAGUAGAGAAGAGAUAGCUAUUCAUAUGCUCUCUGUACAUGGUACAGUUUAUGAACCUGAUACCAACAGUAAUUUCCACAGGGAAACCGAUCUUACCACUUAUGUUGUUGAAGGAGCGGUUAAUGCAACUUGUCCUUGUUGUAAUAUCAAGUAUCCUAAUAAUAGAGCUAUGAAGAUUCAUUACUUUAAAUUCCACGAAGCUACGGACUAAUUUAGUUUUAUAAAUGAUUCAUAAAUCUAGAUAACAUUGAUUUUUUAAAACGACCUUUCGUUUCUUUUCCAAUACUGCCUCUAUUGAUGAGAUGCGUUGAAUGUACACAAUGUUCAUUCAAGGAUGUUGAAUAGAAACUCUUCCUUCAUAUGGACACCAUGAUUAAAUCUUGUAAUAGAAACUAUACAAAAUUAUUCGUUUAAAUCGAUCGAUCGUUUGCUAUAUAUCUAUGUGUAUAUGUACUUCCAUAGAUUAUCCUUUGGGCUAUAAACCUUAGCCAAUAAUUAUGAUUGCCAGAUUUUACUCGUUCAAUUAACUUACAAUACAACGUCUAUGUAAAUAACCAUUUUUCUUUUAAGGAGAAACAGCCAUUGUACACUUAUAUUUACGUGUUUAUUCAAUUGUAAUAUCAUGCCCAUACUUUUUUUUUUUUUUUUUCUUAAAUAAGCUACGCAUAUUUGUUGGAUGUCUUUGAUAAAGAUUCUAUGAAUUAUGAUCAGAUAUAGGAUUAUAUGAGUGAAAGGGUAAGAAGAAACGAAAGCGAGAGAGAGAGAGAGAGAGAGAGAGAGAGAGAGAGAUUGUUGACUUCAAUUGGUUUUUUUUUUUAAUAAAUAAUUUGGAAAUAAUAAAAAGAAGACAUCGUUUUGAUUACACCCAACAAAUAAUUCGUUUGAUUUACUGUAAGUUCUAUUCAUGAGAUAGAAAAGAAAACUAGUAUAAUGUUUUAAAUUUAUCAUAAAUGGCAUACUUGGCUACCUAUAAGCUGUAGCAUUUUGCAUGUAGCAGUAAAUAAAGUUUAUUAAUAUAAAUUCGUUGCUACUCAUUACUUUUUUUUUUAUCGAACCUUCUUAAAGAAUCUUUUUAAGUCUUGCGAUUUUGUUUGGCGGUGAAUUGCGAGCUUUUUUUUUAACUUCGAUUACAAAAUUAUGUUAAAAAGUGAAUAAAUGAUGGGGAAAGAGGACUGAAUGUUAUUUAAAAAUAAAUAAAGUAUUAAAAAGUAUGUCACAUAUAAGAAAAUGGAAUACAGAGGUAAGGCACGAAGGACUCAUUACGAGACGAGUAUUGGUACUUUUUUUUUUUAUGAAUGCACAAAAUAUUUUAAUAUAAACUUAAAAAUUCGUACAACAACAUGAAAAAUUAUAGACUAUUGUACACAUGUAUACAGACAUACGUCGUACCUUUUAUUUCUCAUUUUUUUUUUUCAAAGUUUUAUCAAUAUAUAUAUAUAUAUAUUUACGUGCAUAUACGCGUAUAUAUAUAUAUACACC